AUGGAACUAACGCUCCUAUGUUACAUAUGCACUUUAGUUUUAUCAACAGCUAUACCUCUGAAAGAUGUCUCUUCAACCUCAAUAACUGUUGCAGAGUCCAACACAACUCCUUCAUCAGAGCGUUUUGCCGUCACGGUCUCCCGUAUAGACGACCUACUUGAUGAUGAUGGUUCACUUGUUGCAGAACGUCUUAUGUCUGUAAUAAUGUCAUUCGAUCUUCAUGACAAUGAGCUUCUUCUCAACGGAGUACCGAUUACACUUGGCGCACAGUCAAUAGAAGUUAUCCAGGCUGAGGUUGCCAUUACUUCUCAGGAGAAAGUCGAUCUCGAUAAACAGUUUGACAUUGGAUUAGUGACUGUUGAAGUUGAAUCUAAAGCAGAGGCUAUUCCGACAGAGGAUCCGAACGUUGUACUUAGAAGAAUUAAUAUCUCUACCAGAGUUAUAGAAAUCGAUGGACAAGAAGUCAUACAAACCGAAUCCACUGAGAAAAUCUUCGAAGUUAAGACCUAUGCAGUCUUCGAGGAUGAUGAUGAAGGAUUUGAAGCUAUUCCUUCCGACUCUUUAUCUGUCAAACAAAGUUUAUGUGGAUCGCAUGUUUUUUCCAAGAUUGAGCGCUGGUGGCGUAGGACUUCUCGGCUUACACGUAUUUUAAUCGGUUCAUUCUGCCUCACCUUUAUACUUAGUCUUCUCACUAUCAUCGUAGCAUACACUAUUGUCUUCAGUAAGGGUAAAAUGUGCCACCGGUCAUAUGAAUCGUUGGCUGAUGAGAUCAUAUUUGACCAAGUCAUCUACAUUGCUGAUGAGGAAAAGAAGGCUUUGAUGGAAAAGGAAGAGGAAAGUAAGAAGUAA